CAGCACUCAGGAGUGCAGAGCAAAGAGGAAGACAUUGCCGUCAAUGAAAUGGCCAAAGUCUUUACGUUUGAAGAUCUGGCGAACCACAAAUCCAGGGGUAGUUGCUGGCUUUUAAUCCAUGGGAAGGUCUAUGAUGUGACCUCAUUCAUGGAAGAGCAUCCUGGUGGCGAAGAGGUCUUGCUAGCUGCUACUGGAAGAGAUGCAACCGAUGAUUUCGAAGAUGUUGGUCACAGUGAUGAAGCCAGGGCAUUGAUGCCAAAUAUGUAUAUCGGUGACAUUGACGAGUCCACAGUCCCAGUAACAAGGAAGUACAACCUGCCACCUCGUCCAGUUCAGAGCGAACAGGAAAGUGGUUUCGGGAUGAAGCUCUUACAAUAUGCGGUACCUUUGUUGAUAUUGGGGUUAGCAUUUGCUUUGCAACUCUACACCAAGAAAGAAGAUUGAUCUUAUCAUAUUUGCACAUGAAUUUGUGGUAAACAAGCUACUUUGAAGCAGUUCG